UAGGAUUCUCGAGCCGGGCUGAUGCAGCAGGUAUCACUGGAUGUCUGACGUUGUUACAGACCUGGAUAUACGAGUAUUUUCCUGCGUUUCGACCACACCGCGACCCGGUUCCCAUUGGUGAUGGCCAGCCACGUGCCUGUGCGUGGAGUCCGCGUGUCGAGAAGAAGUCCGUUGACCGCCUGCGCUCCAUACGGUUAUCGCUUGACAGGAUGUCCCCCUUAGAGGUGAACUGGAUGCCUUUCGGCCAGAACCCUAGUAAUAGGGUACCCAGGACCCUCUACACUGGACUGAUUCAGUAUCGCGAGAUCGUAGAGGCGUACAUGCCGCAGCGCUGUCUUCGCCAGCUUGGAUUUGUCCAAGUUGUCCCACCUCCACCGGCAUGGCCCAGUAAGGCGGUACGAUCUGCGUCGUCGAAGGAGUACGUCGUCCAAUGGCCGUCAAACAUGAUAUCCAUGUGGGAGCAGUUUCCGAUGGUUGCCCGCCUAUGGACGGCGGAGCUGCAGCGGCCGCCAAGUGGGGUGACUGCCAUGUGUGACCAACACUACAUGGAAUGGUACAUCCGACACUCGCACCCGAGGUUGAUCAAAGACAUCGACGACGCAGAUGAUGACGAUGUGCCACCUGCCACUGCCUCUUAUGCGUGGAUGGGCAAGAUUAUGCAGUUGGGACACCGACUUUUUGAGGAAAGGGACUGCAUGACGAGUGUUUGUUUAUUCUCCGAUGACACCGACGCAGAUGAUGACAGCAUGCUCUCCGAUAACGAGCGUCCGCCAGAAUGGAUGAACCUGAUCGACAUGUAACGAAGCCCUGUCUUGCGUAAUUACGCGGUGAAUGGUGCAUGCACAAGGUAAUCCAUGAGUCAUUGAUAU